AACUUCAAACAGAAGUAUGUGCGCACUGCCAAGUUCAACAUUGAGAGGGCUGCGAGGCAGUCUGUCUUUGGCAAAUAUCGCAACAGCUAUAUAGACGAUCCGAGAGUGAAGCAUGAGGUGCACUCGACGGCAAAUACCCACAUUGUGUAUUUCGAGAAUCAACUCUUGGCGUUAAAAGAGGAUUCUAGGCCGUAUGCUAUGGAUCAGGACUCCCUUGAGACCCGAGGAUUGUACGACUUUCAUGGGCAAUAUUCAGCUCCAACAUUUACAGCGCAUCCCAAGAUUGACCCUGACACCGGAGAGCUGAUCACCAUGGGCUAUGAGGCCAAGGGUGAUGCGACAAAUGACGUUGCGUACUACCUAUUUGAUAAAAAUGGGAAGAAGCUCGAAGAAUGCUGGAUCAAGACGCCUUACGUGGGAAUGAUGCACGAUAUGGCAGCGACCAAGAAUUGGAUCGUCUUCGUACUCAUUCCGCUUGAGACACAACCGGUCGACAUUCUACAGCAAGGAUCGAAGCAUUUUGCAUGGGCCGAGGACAAGCCCUUGACAUUUGGUCUUCUGCCGCGGCGAAACCCCAAACCUGAAGAUGUUCUGUGGUUCAACUUCAGGAAUGCCUUUUAUGGCCACACUGGAAACGCAUUCGAGGGCGAAGACGGAUGCAUCUACCUCGACGCGCCGCUUACCCACCACAACAAGGUACGCAUUAAGUAUCCAAGUCUCCCAGGAUCGUGGUCUAAUUCGUACACUAGUUCUGGACAACCUGCCAGUAGUUACGUGCGAUCGAAGCUCGAUCCCAAUGCAACAAACUUCAAUGUUGAGCCUACAGAGCUAGUCGCACUCGAUGGCGAGAUGCCAAAGGUUGAUGAGAGAUUCGCAACGAAGGCGUACAGCAAAUUGUUUUUAUGCUACAGCCCCGUCGGUGGAACCUACAACACCAUAGCGGCGGGAGACAUCAACACUGGAAAGUAUACUCACUGGUCUGCUGGGGAACAUACUUCUUUACACGAGGUAGCAUCCUUGCCAAGGUCCCCAGAUGCGGCGGAAGGAGACAGUUUUCUUGUAAUCAUCGCCAACAGACGAGAUGUCAGACUCUCCUGCAUUCUGAUUCUCGAUGCCAAGGAUCUUGCAAUAGGUCCCAUAGCGAUCAUUGAACUGCCCUUCCGGCUACGCAGUGGCAUACAUGGAAGUUGGGUACCCCGUUCGGACAUAUUGCAUGAUAAAGGUCUCUGCGAGAUGACUGGUGUCACCACAGAGAUUCGGCAGAAAUUUGAGGGUAAAGCUGUUCAGCCAGCCUUACGAAAAUGA